CGCAAAAAUUUCCCGGAUGUGUAGCUCGCGCUUGCGCAGUUUGUUAAAGGAAAUCGCGGCAUUUCAGCUUUGAGGGAAAGUAACAUCUCAAGCAUAACAACAACUGAGACCAGAAUCCUUUCAACACUCCAGUAACCAAGAAACAUCAAUAUGGCAGCACCACUAACAGUAAUGAGUAAGAAAACGAAGAAGGAUGUUGGCGAGGAUGGUGUUGAUGCUGAGGAGGAAGAGGAGGAGGAGUACACGGUGGAGAAGGUUGUUGAUGGGAGAAUGAGGAACGGAAAGAAGGAGUACCUCCUCAAGUGGAAGGGGUAUCCAGACUCUGAAAAUACAUGGGAACCAGAAGAAAACCUUGAUUGCCCUGACCUCAUAGCAGACUACGAAGAUAAGAGGAAAAAGAAAGAACAAGAAAAGAAGAGAAAGCAAGCAAAUGGAAUGGAUGAUGGGUCAGCUAAGAAGAAGAAGAAAGUAGCUGAAGUAAAAACUGCCCCCGAAGAUGACAACAAACCUCGAGGCUUUGACCGUGGAUUACAGCCUGAGAGAAUUAUAGGAGCAACAGACAGUAGUGGGGAACUUAUGUUCCUAAUGAAAUGGAAGGACAGCGAUGAGGCAGAUUUAGUACCAGCAAGACAGGCAAAUGUGAAGUGUCCACAAAUAGUAAUUGCUUUUUACGAGGAGCGUCUCACCUGGCAUACACAUAAUGACAACGACGAUGAUGAGAAAGGAAAAGAUGAAAACAAAUCUUAAAACAACAGUUGGAGACAGUCAUUGUUUUAUCAAACUCAUUGUGUAUAAACAUCGUUUCCAUGGAAACUAAACAUCACCAUGGGGAAAGAGGGAAUGUAUUUUAACAUGGAUCUGUUGGCCCCAUCAGCUGUCGUCAUUAACAUGGACGAUUUUUUCACCGAUCGUGACAAAAGAGCUGAAACUUGCAUUUUGGAGUAACCUCCUUAUAAAGGGAAGUCAAGACGGAUUCUCUCAGCAUUUCUCUGGAUCUUAGCAUCAUUUGUCACAACCAAAGAAAUCAAACUUUGUCAUAGUAGUUUUCUAUUAGAACAUUGUGGACCGUUAUGAAGACCGAUUAGGGCUUUAAGAUGAAAAUUGUUGGCUUUGAUGGUUAUUAUUGAUUACGUUUUUAGUUUUGACCAAUCUGGUAGCAUUUUGUCUGGUACAGUGUUUUAAUCGUGUUCAAAACUGUCAAGCUGGGAGAAUAUUUUUAAUAAUUUUUUUUUAUGACAAAUGAACCCACCAGUACUGUGAAGAACUUGAAUCCUGUCAUGGAAUGCUGGUUUGUGUAUGCAUCAUUCAGAUUGUAAAGAAAGUGCUAAUCUAUCGCAUCUUCCAUCAUUCAUUCAAAUCAGUUCUGUAACAUGUUUCACCUUUCUGCAGAUAUCUUGUGAGAAGGUUAGGUGUUUGUGGCAGCUAAGAUUCUGCCGUUUAAGUGUGUUCUAAUUUACUGUCCACUUUAAGUUCAAGUCUCUUGUAUGAAUCCAGUUGUCAUGAUUGCAUUUUGCCGCCGUGUUUAAGUGGUAAAGAGUAUUAGGUAUACUGGUUGCAUGAAAACAUUAAAUCGUCCAGUAUUCAGAUAUUUGGAGAAUGUUAGACCACUCUGUCAUUUGUUCAGGUGUUGAUAUGAAUUGAUUUUUAAGUCUAUUCCAGAUUGUCUUGUUUUUCUUCCUCGCUAGAGUUCAUGUCAGCUUCACAAGUAUGAGUUCUUGUAUUGAGUUUAUGUCGGUAUAUCUUGUUUUAUAUCAUGUAAAAUGUCACAUACCUUUCACAUUGUCAAAGACUUGUGUAUUUUGGUCAUCACUGGAGGCAUUUGGUACCCCUCGGUGAACGUGGUCAAGGUUCCUCCUUGUGGGCAAGACUGCAUGGGUCCUGGAAAGUCUCGUGAUUUUGUCACUGGUCAUUAACUGUUGGCCUCAAUAGACUGACUUGGUAGAACAACCAUUUUGGAGAAAUGCAAGCAUGGUGUAUAGAACCUAGGAGAACGACUUUUGUGGUGAUGUUGGUAGUGCAUCAAGUGUUUGGACGUGGUUAUUACGGUAGUCCAGGCAAGCUCUCAUCAGCCAAAUCCGUUCACUUACCAGAAGCAUCCUUUCGGUUGAUGCAUUAUUUACAUUCCAUCAGAAAAAAAAUUGACACUAAAAUAUAGCCUGUUUGUGUACCUGGCAGUGACCAUCUUUGUACAUUUUUUAGAACGGAAAUUUGAUGAAAACCGAUAAGCUUCUGAAUAAAUAUGAAAUGUGAAGUAUUGUGUCCGUUUUCUCAGACUUGGGAUGUCUCAAAAUGGGCUUUGAAAGCAGGUAACUUCGAACUUGUAAGAAAAAUAUAGACUACAGUAAUGCAAAUGUAUGAAAUGCAGGUGUUUGUGACAUCAAAUUAUUUAACAUUUUUCUUUUUCACUACACCUUCACAACUCUCUUACAGGAUUUCACUGUUGAUUUGAAUAAUAAACCGAAGUGUUGAUUUCUAAAACUAUACUAGCGUUUACAUUGUGGAUAUGUGAAUAAAUACAAAAGUGACGA